UUAUCAUGUCUGGAGAAGACGCACCUGCCCAAAACCAACAGCAAGCUGAGGAAAAAGUCCAGCAGGAGCCCAAAGAUCAGUCAGCAGAGGAGUCUCCCUCGGAACCUCAGCAAGAGCCUCAACCAGCGGCCACUGAGACGGCAGACGCCCCGCCAGCGGCGACAGAUGACAAAGCGCCAGAGGAGGAAGUUUUUACUUACAGGUCUCUAGUGUUAACGGGCUACGGAGGUUAUGAUAAAGUGAAGCUUCAGAUCAAGAAAGGAUUGCCCAGCCCUAAAAGCGGAGAGGUGAUGGUGCGGGUAAAGGCUUGCGGGCUUAACUUCGCUGAAUUGUUGGGAAGACAGGGUCUCUAUGAACGAUUACCAUCACCACCGGUCACGCCCGGUAUGGAAUGCUCCGGGGUUAUUGAAGCGGUCGGGGAAGAAGUAACAGACAGAAAAGUUGGUGACAGUGUGCUGGUGUUGGGUAGGUGUGGCCUGUGGCAGGAGGUAGUAGUGGUUCAAGCUGAUCACACAUUUCCUAUGCCUGAAGGCAUGAGCUAUGAGGAGGCUGCUGCCCUCCCCAUCAACUACAUCACUGCCUAUAUGAUGCUGUUUGAGCUGGGCAAUCUUAGACCCAACCAGAGUGUCCUGGUUCAUAUGGCUGCAGGUGGUGUGGGCAUAGCUGCCACACAGCUCUGUCACACGGUGACGGAUGUAACGGUGUUUGGCACCGCCUCAGCCAGUAAGCACGAGGUGAUUAGCCAAGGUGGUGUCAAUCACCCUAUUGACUACCGGACGCGUGAUUAUGUUGAAGAGAUACGCAAAAUCAGCCCAAAAGGAUUGGACAUAAUCUUGGAUCCCCUUGGGGGCUCAGAUACCCAGAAGGCCUUUAACCUCUUGAAACCCAUGGGCACUCUCAUAGUUUAUGGUGCUGCUAACAGGUUGACAGGUCAGAAGAAGAACCUCUUGGCCUUAGCUAAGUCCUGGUAUAACCAAUUCUCCAUCAACGCUGUCAGCCUGAUGCAUGCCAACAAGGCCAUCUGUGGUUUUCACCUGGGUUACCUUGACGACGAAUUCCCUCUCAUUGCUCGAGUGCUCAACACACUGCUGGAGCUGUACACACAGGGCAAAAUCAAACCUCGAAUCGACUCCACCUACCACUUUGAGCAAGUGGGAGACGCUAUGAGGCGAAUGCAGGAAAGAAACAACAUUGGCAAAGUGAUUCUGUUCCCUGAGCCCAAGAAGGAGGAACCUAAAGCAGAAGAGGACCAGAAGGAGAGCACAAAGGAGAACAAGAAUGAAGAGACCAAAAAUGCCAUCCAAACAGAGGAGGAGCCCAAAAAGGAGGGCGAAGAAACAAAACAGGAGCAGAGUUAA